UUCCGUACACAAACUGAUGACGUGUACAGUCCACGACCGUUAGCUGGCUAGCCAGCUAGCUGAGCCACCUGUCAGAGCACAAAACAAAAGAGGAAUCCAGAAGAGGAGUCAACCGACCAGAGAAGAUGGAGACUCUUUACCACCAGACCAACAAGCAAAUCCAGGAGGUGCAGUCGUACAUGGGAGAUCUGGAGAAGACUGACCGUGAGUCGGUGCACUUGUUAGAGAAUGAGCUGCUGGCCAGAAUCGACCAGAUCUUCACCCAAUUAGAACGCCUGGAGAUCCUGGCCAGCAAGGAGCCGCCAAACCGCCGCCAGAACGCCAAAGUACGAGUGGACCAGCUGAAGUACGAUGUCCAACACCUUCGGACCGCUCUGCAGAAUUUUCAGCACCGACGCUACGCCAGAGAGGCCCAGGACCGAGAGAGGGAGGAACUCAUGAGCCGGACCUUCACGACCAACGACGCCGAUACCUCCAUACCCAUGGAUGAGACCCUGCAGUUAAACUCCAACUUGCACAACGCACACAGAGGCAUGGAUGACAUCCUGUGCAGCGGCAGUGGCAUCCUCAACGGUCUCCGAGACCAGAGAUCUACACUGAAGGGGACCCACAAGAAGAUGCUGGACGUGGCCAACAUGUUGGGGCUGUCCAACACGGUGAUGAGACUGAUCGAAAGGCGAGCCACCACGGAUAAGUUGAUCAUGGUCGGAGGCAUGCUGGCGACCUGCGUCUUCAUGUUCCUGGUGGUCCGGUACCUGGGCUGACCGGCCACUGAGAUCAGUCGUGGACAUUUCUGCAGCGCGGCGUCCCUCAUGAUAUGAAAAGUGGCAGAAUGGAUCUUUGGUUCUGUACAAAUCGUGUCAUUAGUUUGUUUACCACCAUUUAAAUUAUGUUUGGCACUUUUUGCAAAAUGGUAACGGUUGAUGAAGAGAGUCAUAAGUCAGUAUUUUAUUCCACUUGAAGCUCCGAUAGAGCAGUGAACUUUGAUAACUGCUCUCCUCAAGAUUACAGAUCCAGAAUCUAGUCUCUCAAAUCCACUCGGACUGUAAAUCACUCUCGACUGUUUCUGGAAAAAAACAAACUGAAUUAUUCUCAGAUUCUUCCUCCAGUGACCAGCUGUCUGUUUUGUCAUUCUGCCUACUUUGUUCAUAGAGAAAUAGAAAUACUCACAAUGCUCCAUGUUUCUUUACAUUUUAACUCUGUUAGUCCCCAAAGAAUCGUUUGUUUGUUCUGAUUUGUAUCAUUUCUGAAUAAUUUCUCUUGGCUUUAAGCUUUGGUCUGUCUCACUAUGUGAGUGACUUAACUCUUGAUAGAAUAAAACAUGUUUCAUUUCCUCCGUAA